AUCCUAAAAAAAAAUCGAGAGCGAGUUCCUUGUACGCUACAACUCCAGACCAAAGUCUCGGCGUGGGAGCUAGGGUUUCCAAAUCUGUGCGAGGGAGGAGGAGGAGUGCAGGGAGGGGGAAGAUGAUUGAGGUGGUGCUCAACGACCGGCUGGGGAAGAAGGUCCGGGUGAAGUGCAACGAGGACGACACCAUCGGCGACCUCAAGAAGCUGGUGGCGGCGCAGACGGGGACCAGGCCCGAGAAGAUCCGCAUCCAGAAGUGGUACAACAUCUACAAGGACCACAUCACCCUCGGGGACUACGAGAUCCACGACGGCAUGGGCCUCGAGCUCUACUACAACUAGGUUGAUCUGAAUUCUCUAGUCAUGGGUGCGAUCUCAUUGGUGCUAUUCCAGUCGCAGUGCCGCAACCUCAUAUAUAAUCAACUCCAUCAAGCUAUGUAGCACUACAUUGCUGUGCCGAACUACCAAUGACUAUCGACCGCUUGCAUAGUCAUAUGACCAAACUUGGUGUGCUGCUAUUCGUAGACUAUAAAUAUAUACAUGGUGCUUAACUUUGGUUGUGAUAA